UUGAAGGUCAAAUGCUAUCGACCGCGUUCGGUGUGUCUUUAAAACUUUUUUAUCUUUAUAUUAAAAAGGAAAGUCACAGCAAACAGAUAAUACUUAUACGAGCUUUUUCUUUGAGGUGAAACGCAACAAAGGGUUUCCUUCACAAUGAAAUGGGAUACAUCUUGGAUUAUAGAAGGAAGGGAUUGCCGAUGAAAAAGACGAAAAUAGUGAACCAUUGUUCGUGUUGAAUCGGAGUGCUGGCACAUAAAAGCAUAUUGGUCUAAUUAUAGAGACCAAGUUCGGGUCUGAGUUCUUUCUCUCUCGUCCCAGGGAAAAUAUUAUUGCGAGAGUGAGCUCAUAAUCCAAAGAACAUCAAGGGGCAGCUGGCAGCAUAGUGGUGUCAAGGGCGCCUUAUAACUAAGACUAAAUGUGUUCAUUAAUGUGCAUCAGUCCUACUUUGCUUACGUAGGGGAAGUUAAGGCCAACCGCUGAUGCGGUCUUAGAUGCACUUCCACUUGCUGUUCUUUUCGACGGUGACUAGAUAAAACCCCUCAACGCUUAAAUGGACAUCCGGUCGCGCAGUACUCACGGACAGACGGGCAAGUGAUAAUUUGAACUCCACGUGGGCCGUUGCAAAAGCGGCCUUGAAAAAAAAUACACAGCAGGCUUAAAUUCCACUGUCGCCGUUACACAACUACAUCAAAGUGGACGUGAUUGCCAGCAUUCUUGACGUAUCUGUUACAAUUACAGAUCUCAUUGUGCGACAGAGGGGCAUUUUGUCAUCAUUUUACUCCGUGAACAGGAAGUGUGUCUUCUUUCUCUUCUCAAUUUUUCUUCGCUGGUGUGACCCAGGUCUGAGCCAGCACACAUCCUGUAUAACAGGAAUGCGUUCACUUAAUAUUAUGUGAACUCUGCCGUGCUAUUAAAGAGGAAGGCUUCUGACUCCGCUUACUAGAACGAGAUUGAACGUUAUGAGAAGCAACACGAUAUAACAUAGGGACAUAUCUUAUCCCGAACUUCUGUUGACAGGUAGCACAGAAAGUUCAAGUUCUGGUAGCACAUUGUGGAUGAUAAGAUAUAUCGUACGCCUGGUUGAUAUCACGAGGACAUUCCUGUUUUAGAUGUACGUUUGGAGUGAUUGAAAUGAAGAUCUAGUUCAUUGCUGGGUUGCGCUACUCACGGCUGAUAACUACUGGUUGCUGACAGUCACACAGCAUGAAGAAAAUCAGGUUAUAUUAUGACCCCAACCAUUAAAAGUGGGUAAGAUGCAGAAACAGAACCAUUAUACAUUGACGUAAUCGUGUGUCAAAUGGCAUUUAAUUUGUUCAGUGGAGAAUGAUUUAAUAACUAAAACGGGGAGAGAGAAAGAGGCCGAUAUAAACGAUAUCGGUGUUAACACAUUGUUUAACGUUGCACAUUUGAAGUGAACGCUUGCAUUCAGCCUUCCCUUUUCAACGUAACGGGACGUAUUGUGGAUCAUGGGCAGCCGUACGGCAGAUGGUGUAACACAUGCACUAACUCCUGAACAGAUCCUGCAGCAGCUGAACCAGAGCUUGGAGCUGAUCUGCAAGGCAAAGGCCAAGUUUUUGGAUUUCUACCCGGACGAUGGUCAUGUGUACUGUAACACGUCGUGGCACUCUAACAUCUGCUGGCCGAUGACCCUUGCCGGACAUAGGCUGUCGGCCCGAUGUCCAGCGAAAUAUGCAGGAGUAUUUCUGGACAGCACACAGAACGCCACACGGACGUGUCUACCCAAUGGUACGUGGACCAGAGUGGAUCGGUCCAGAUGUUACUUUUUGUACGGUCAUGAAGGCCAGAAACAAGUGCAAGAUUUAGAAUUGCACAGCACGAUCCUUAGUUGUAUCUACUUCACAGGGUUUGGCCUGUCAACGUUAACUCUGCUAGUGGCCUUGGCGAUAUUUCUAUACUUCAGAAGCCUGCGGUGCCUUCGAAAUACCAUCCACUGUCAUCUCAUCGUGUCCUUCCUGCUGAGGAACAUGGCCUGGCUUAUUUUGCAUUUCCUCUCCCCGGCCGCUAUCUUUGACGACACACACAAUGACGUCACACAGUGGGCAUGUAAACUGGCCACGGCUUUCCUCAACUAUUCUGUUGGAGCCAAUUUUUUCUGGACCUUCAUUGAAGGUCUCUACCUCCACGUCAUCAUCGUCUGGGCAUACUCCAGCGAGAAGAUAAAGUUUUAUUUAUAUUUAUUUAUAGGCUGGGGUAUUCCAGCCAUUGUAAUAAUUGUUUGGGGCCUUGUGCGGUUUUUCAUCAGCGACAUUCCCUGUUGGAUGCCCCUCCAUGAGACGGAGAUGAAAGAUCGGUUGAUCGACUACAUCCAUGUUGUUCCGACUUUACUAGUAUUACUGGGUAAUAUCAUCUUUCUUAUCUCAAUAAUAUGGGUUCUGAUUGCCAAGCUACGGGAACAUUUCCCAGAGGCUAGCCAGUACAGGAAGGCAAUACGUGCCACCAUAAUCCUCCUCCCUCUGCUGGGGGUGACGUACGUCCUGGUUCUGGUACCACCCAGUGAAGACCCCCUCACAGACAAGAUCUUCAAGUACUGCAACGCCAUAUUGAUUUCCACUCAAGGGCUAUUUGUCGCCGUAUUGUAUUGUUUUGUGAAUAGAGAGGUUCGUGCUGCAGUUUUAAGAAAGUACAGGGCGUGGAUGACAAGACGUCACAUACAAACACAAUCAGAGCGCAUACGUAUGCAGCACCAGGGUAACUCUGUGACGUCAGAGAACGGCUGUGGAGUGGCUGCCCCGCCCAUCGACACGGAUAUUCUCCUGCCGUAGAGCUGUCGCACAACAUAUUCAAACAAUUACCGUUUAAACAGACGUUUAAACGGACAGUGCCAUGUAUGGCAAUCAGUGAUGUUCUCAAGGUUGUACCCAGACAAAUUUCUUUGGAAUAUUUGACGCUGGAAAGUUAUAAUCUCUCAGUGGCGCCCUCUUCAAUCAAGAAAGGCCCAUGUGAUGAGCUUCAACUCCCAUAAUCUAACGUUUGAUGUGAACUCCAGUUAUUAUUAAAACUGAAUCAAACAAGUAUGUUGUCAUCUUAAUCAUUCACCUUUUUAACAGUUUUCCUUUACUUUUGUUUUCCUUUUUUAGUCAUUUGAUAUCAGUCAAUUGUAUAUUGUAUAUUGUAACUCAUGGUGCAAAACAAAACUCAGUCCGAAAAAUGACUGUUGUGAAAAGAUAUUUAAAGUAGAUUCCAACCUAGAUGUUUUAUGAUUUGAUGAAGUCUCCUCUGUUGUAGUAUUGAUAUCAUCAAAUUCUGAAUACACAAGGUGGGCGACAGAAGGCGGAAAGUAGGCCUAGAUGUUGUAGCACUUUCCAGGUCAAGCUGUUUCGAAAAUUAAUUUCGAGAUGUCAAAUAUUACUGGUACUUUAGUAUGGCGUAUCAUUCAAGUAUUCGUGGGGUAACAAACAAGUAUACUGUCAUCCACUGUAAAAUUAUAACUCAGUUUCUCGACCUUCGAUCUUCGCACAAAUGAACAAAUUAUUUCUUUCUGUGUCCUAAUUGUUGCACUAAUGUUAACGUGACGUGACGAGAUAAUUAUUUAUUUUAUUUUUAUGACAAGAUUGAAGAAGUUUAUUUGUACUCUUUCCGUUAGAAUCAAGUGCGAAAAUAGUCAUUGUGCACGUGCACGUGUAUUUAAACGUUCAUAACGUGGAUAAAUGUGUUGACCCUGUUACAACAAGAAGUCCGAUUUUGAGAGAGAGAGAGAGAGAGAGAGA